AUGGCAAGGCGAUACGACUCGCCGUACAAGGUGGACAUCCCGCCAAUUGAUCUGGCGACAUUCAUCUUCUCAUCUGGGAGCAAAGAACUGCGGUCUCGCCCUCAGUAUUUCGACGCAGAUCGACCCGAACGAUGCUUCAACUUACGACAGGCCGAGGUCCUUGUCAAGAGACUGGGGAAGGGACUACAGGACCUCGGAUUGAAGCCGGAUGAGAAGGUGUUGUUGUAUUCGGGCAAUUCGCUUUAUUUUCCCAUUCUGUUUUGGGGAGUAGUGGCUGCAGGAUGCGUGUUUACAGGCUGUAGCCCCAGUGCCUCUGUUACAGAACUCUCUUACCAGUUGAAGGAUUCCGAUGCGCGUCUGAUAAUCACUGGCCCUGCGGGAGCCACCACUGCAUUACAGGCCGCUGGCCAAGCAGGCAUUCCAACGGAUAGAGUGUUCGAGUUGGCUGAACCGCAGGAUGAAAGUACUCAGAGUGGCCUACCCUCUUGGACCCAAAUCUGGGCAUCAGAGGAUGCAAGCGCCUCAUGGACCUGGAGAACUUUCUCUAGUGCAAGAGAGGCCCAAGAAGCCACUGCUGUACUAAACUACUCUAGCGGAACAACGGGUGUUCCUAAAGGUGUCGAGAUCUCACAUUAUAACAUUAUCUCAAAUUCACUCCAGGUUAUAUAUAAGCGGAACAUGGUGGCCGAUAACCCCCGUGCAAAGGAGCGGAAAGAGCGAAUUAACCGAUCAGGGGAGAGAUGGUUAGCUCCUCUCCCAAUGUUUCAUGCCUACGGUCAAAUGUACUACUGUAUAACAGCAGCACGAAUGAACGUCAAGGUUUUUAUCAUGAUGUCUUACAGCAUUGAACGAUAUCUCUUGUUUCUCGAUAUCUACCGCAUUACCUUUUUGACAGGCGUUCCAACAUUAAUGGUGGCCUUGUCAAAGCAUCCGCGAGCGAGACAUUUCAACUUAAAGGCAAUUGAGUCGGUCGUUACGGGGUCUGCGCCGUUAAAUCCAGAUAUCGGCAGAUUAGUCGAGAAGACUCACCUGCAGCCGAGCGUCCAGGUCAAGCAGGGCUGGGGCAUGACUGAGACAACCUGCUCAGCGACAGGAUUUGCCCCUGACGACGAGGAUAACGGGCUUUCCAUUGGAUGGCUAAAUCCCAAUCUAUCAGCCAAAAUCGUCCCAGUGCCGGAACACAGUUUUGACCAAGCAGAUAUUCCUUACAUCGUUGGCGAGAUUUGGGUGGCCGGCCCAAAUAUCAUGAAAGGUUACUACAAAAGAUCCAAGGAAACCGCGGAGGCGAUUGUCUACGAAGACGGGCUGAGAUGGCUCCGGACAGGUGACGUGGGUUACGUUGACUCAAGAGGAUGUUUAUACAUUGUGGAUCGUUUAAAGGAACUUAUCAAAGUCAAGGGUCUCCAAGUUGCGCCAGCAGAAAUCGAGCAGACGCUUUUGACCCAUCCAGCUAUUGCAGACGCGGCUGUGGUCGGCGAGAAAAGACAAGACGGCGAGUAUCCAAAAGCAUUCGUGGUCAGGGCCCCCAGAUCUCAGGAGAUAACUGCCAAAGAAGUCCAGGAUUUUGUUGAAGGCCGACUGUCCAAGCAUAAGUGGCUGACGGCCGGGGUCUACUUCCUCGAUACGAUCCCUCGCACCCCCAGUGGCAAAGUCAUCAGACGACAGUUGCAGAAAGUGAAGCCUGAGUCUACCAAGAGUUCUGCGAAUAUCUAG